ACUUGUUUUGCAAUUAAAUUACUCUGCGAAUGGAAAAGGAAAUUCUUUGUGAAAGCGGGCCAAACUAUUUCUUUAGAGACUGAAAACCAAGCGUGGGAAAACAGUCUGUUAAGAAGCCCUGCUAUCUGCUCUCGGCUGGUAAGAUUUUUUCUUUGUUCAUGGUGACAAGGUAUAAGCCUCUCAUUCUUUUCUGCUCUAAGAUUGAAAGAAAGUAAAGAAUUUUGAAAGGGUCUUGAGCGACGCUCUUGUCUAAAAUCUGACCGAAAGGAGUCUCUUUUCGGUAUUUUCCGUAUAUUUAUUAUUUUUAUCGUAGUAUUGGGCCCCAUGUCAUGUUGAUAUUAAUCAUUAAGUCUUUGUCGAUGGCUUGUCAGUUUCGAGUUUCGAGGUUCGUGAUACGUAUUAAGUACAAUGUACAUACUUACAAACAGAUUUCUCAAUGGAGCAUGUCUCUUAUUAAACACGGAACUUUAUGACUCACACUUAACUUCGGCAUCACGCGAUUUUGUUUAGAGAACUCUGCAAAGACUGAAAGGGCAAUUUGUUUUCGUUGUUUUCAUUUUGAAACAGUAGAGUAAGAGUUCAUGAUUUAAAAGCAGUUGAUUGUGAAGAAGAUGCAAAUUACAGUAGAAUCCGUUCUUAACGUAAAUGGGGGGCAUUUAUAAUGGUGACCAAAAGAAGUGGACUUGCUUUUUUUUUCGUCUGAGUUUACGGCUCGGAAUCUCGAUUUCAAAAAGGAUAUAUCUGUAUAUAUAAUAAUCUCCAAGGAAUCUCAAAAUUGUAAAAACACAUGGUCCUCAAGGCUUCUUAUAAUAGGAGCUGUUAUGUCACUCUACACACGUAGCUACAAUAUUCAGCUUUCCAAUGUUAAUGACUGGGAUUAAGAUUAUAUGAGUCUCGGGCUAGAAACCGAUCUCUGUUUCUGAAAGAAAAGAAUUGGGGGAAGGAAAGAAACCAAAAAACAAACAAACAAAUUGUCGCUCGGACCCGCACGCGACCGACCAUGACUGCCUAGCAGCUGUAUCAAACUUAAUGUUAAAGGUGCAGUGGGCCGGAGGGGGGUGGGGGGUGUUAAUUUCCAUCUUGUGUCAAAGAGACUGAGAUGCUGGAAGUCAGGAGCCAUGGCUUCUGUGGAUGUCUUGUACCCCAAGUCCUCUGGGUUUUUGGUCAUUUAGCAUCCUGCUGACCAAAAAACCAAAGGACUCUGCCUUGUCAAAACCCUAAACAACAUAUGGUCUUAACACAGUUAGAUAUGCCGCAGUGGGAUAUUGGAACUUGCUUCCUGAUUCAUUUAGUAGAACCACUAAUCUGAAGGAAUUUAGACGUUUACUUUUUUCCCAUAGUUUCAUAAAUUAGACGUUUACUAUUACCACCAGUUUGUGUUUUCAUGUUGAUAUGUUUUUUAAUGUGUGACGUUGUAUGUCUGAUUCAUCGAAGAUACUAGCCUUUAGGCUACUCUAAAAUCCGAAGUUUAAUACAGUUAUGCAUGUAGACAAGGACGUCAAGUAGAUUAAGGCCUGGGUCAUUACAGAGUUUUCAGAAUUUUUAAAGGGGGGUGGUAUAAUGUAAAGUAUUUUCAAGAUAUCCCAUGACUAACAAUUUAAGGCCAAUCACAACCUGGAAAUCUUCCAAUUUCGUAUUAAAACGUGUUUAUAACGACAUCACGUGACCAGCCACGUCCUGUUUUAUCGAGAAAUCCUUUCAGUCGAAAUUCCCACCAGAAAGAGAGUAAACCGUUUUUCUUUAGUAGGUCCAAAAGAUGGCUACUCUGGGUAGGAGAUUACUACUAGUCCCAUAUACCAAAAAUUAUCGGUUUAUUUAAAGCCCUGGGCUCAUGCAUCUUUGUCAUGGGUUUUAGAAGGGCUUGUAAAGGAUAGAGCAUAUUGUAUGUCAUUUUUGUUUACAGGUCACAAGAUGGGUACUUAACAGGGGGGUGGGGUUAAGUGGGGAGUCUUAAAGAGGCAGUUUACGGUAGGGUGUGAAUUGUAAGAUCACUUGGUCUCGCUAAUACGGCGUUACAAUAGAAUGGCAAUAGUUUAUUUAUUUAUCUAUUUAUCUAUUUAUUUAUCUGUUUAUUUAUCUAUUAAAAAACGCUGAGUCACGUCCAGAUUGGUAUCUUUAAGGGGUUCAAUCCUAAUUUUCCGAUGAGCAUUUUCGAGUCCCUUGUCACGACAAGGUACACGUUUUUGAAGUAACUGGUCUCGCUGGACAUAGUUCGGCUAUACCUGAAAGCCUAUCCGUGUGCACAUACUCCCGCCUGGUAUGAACACGUCAAAUCAUCUGUUCACACUUCAAUGAAGUACACAGAGACCUAUUCAAAAGGUGACGACUAUUCACGGUUUUCUUGGUCGGUCAGGCGUUCUAGCGGCUCCUGCUGGGUAUCCCAGUAGAUAUCUUAUUGGUACUUAAUGUCGCGAUUUUGUAGAAACAGUGUUUCGCAGAGUUUUAUUUUCGCCAUUUAAAUAGGCAAAUAUAAAAAAGGGACUUAAAUUUCGCGAUUCAAGGGUCUUCGAGCAUUCUCAACCACAAUUUAGUUUUCAAAACGAAUAUUUGAUUUUCACAAAUUAACAAGUUUAUGGUAAACUGGGAAUCUUUGCAAAUUAACGUACGUUAUUUCACAACGGAAGAUACAAAAUGGAACUUACCGGCAGUAAAAGUGUGUUUGUCGAUAUAUUUCCUGUGUGUUUUGUUGUUGUUACAUGUUAAUUAAUCUUUUUUUCCUGUGAUUUGAAUUUUCUAUAUGCGACUUGAAUUUCGCGAUUUUUAAACGCGAAAUUAAAGAAGCGCGAAAUUAAUUACCAAUAAGGUACAUAAAAAACAAUGAUUAAAAAAAGAAGGACAAAGAAAAUAAAGCAAGCAAGAACGCGGUGGACAAUGGGAAGACAGUAAAGAAAGAGCCUCCCUUCCAACUCUCUUCCUCUCUUGCCCCUUCCCUUCAUGCCCCGAGCGCUUUCUUUUUCCCUUUCCCCACCCUCCCUACAACACAACGAAGCCUCUACGGAGGGGAGACGCCUAACUUCGCUCCGUUGUUAAUUCAGAAACCGCUCCAAAAUCAUCUUUCUUACCGGUUUGACUAAAAGCCCUAUCUGAUCCAAUAGGGAGCUUAAGCAACAGCGUUUUUGAGCGACGGACGUCAACCGGAAGUGGACUUUUUGCAUCAUUGGGCAGUGGCUCUGUUGAAAAUCUUGGGUAAAUCGUCUUUAUAAGAGAAGAGAAACUUAGCAAUACAAAUUUGUUAGCGUCAAGGCAUAUGAGAAGGGAGAAGACCUCACUUCCGGUCGACGUGCGUCGCUCAAAAACGUCUUUGCUUAAGUUCCCUAAUAUGUCUUUCUUGCCGCCGGCGCAAUAACUAUCUGUUAUAUUCUAGAUAGAGCCUCAAUUCUCAGCUCAUUUAAUAAAGACUGUGGUUGCGUUCGAUUGGGAAAUCCGGAUUUCGGAUUUUGCAAUCGAACGCGAAAUCCGAAAACGGAUUUCACCUCAGAGAAACCCGUCCUCAGGGUGGAUUUCAAUCAAGAAAUCCAAAUCCGGAUUUCACGGAUUACCUUUUUAACGUUCGAUUGAGAAAUCCGAAAAAGGAUUUGCAAAAUUGAGGUGCAAAAUUGUCACUCGUGAACAGUGGUUUUCUUUUUGCAAAUAUGCGUAGGCGUGCAAGACCGCUGUUCUUAAAGACGGUUUUUCAAACCCUUUUUCGGAUUCCCCAAGCGAACGCGCGGUAAAAAUGAAAAUUCAAAAACAGAUAUCUCAGCGUUGAAAUCCGUUUUCAGAUUUCGCGUUCGAUUGCAAAUCCGAAAUCCGGAUUUUAAAAUCUAACUCCAGAUUUCCCAAUGGAACGCUCCCUGUGUGGAGUAUCGAUUGGUGUAUUUUAGCUUAUAAUCCUUUUCUUCGUUUUUUCUAGAACUCUUCAGCCAAACUUUAAAAGCGGCUCGAAACGUCAGAUAUGACCCGAGAACGAUCGAAUCAAGUGAGUCCCUCGAACCUGACAGUCGAAGAGGACGGACCGUCCCAAGUUAUCAAGUACAUUAUAUUCUUUGUCAACGUUCUGUUCUGGUUCUUGAGUAUCCUUGUCCUUGGCAUUGGCAUUUACGUUAUGAUAGAAAAACGUGACGUAUACAGCAAACUGACAGAUUUGUAUUACGACCCCGCAGUCAUAUUCGUGGUAUUUGGAGGCCUGUUGUUUAUUAUAACCUUCACUGGUUGUAUCGGAGCGCUGCGCGAAAAUACCUGCCUCCUGGUGUUUUACGCAGGAAUCAUCAUCUUUCUGUUGAUUCUGGAAAUCAUUUGCGGGAUAAUUGGUUUCGUUAACAGCGCAAAAGUGGAAGAGAAAGUCGACGAGAAGCUACGCAACGCCAUCGUUUUUUAUCGCGAUCCGCUGAAGCCAGACCUUCACUUUUUGAUCGACACUGCGCAAUCAGAACUGGGUUGCUGUGGCUCGAAGGCUUAUACCGAUUGGGAAGCCAACUUUUACUUCAACUGCUCGGCUCCUUCGGCCGUGAUUUCAGCUUGCGGUGUUCCAUAUUCGUGUUGCAAAACGGAAGAGCUACAGACAAACCGACAAUGCGGUUAUGGAAUAGAUAAACUCACUUUAGCUGCGCGGGAGGAGAGAAUCAAUGUACAAGGAUGUCUUACCGUAUCGGUGCAGUUUCUUAAAGAUAACCUUGUUCUGAUAGCUGGGCUUUCGCUUGCUGUCAUUGCAUUACAGAUAAUAUCUCUGUGCCUUGCACUGACUUUUAGGGGGCAAAUUCGUGGGGUAAAAGACAGAUAUGGUGGAGACGGAUGACAUUUAAGACUAACACGAAUCCGGACGUUUUUAAAAACGAACAAUUUUUCCCCUUGUCGGCGUUCCGUCCGCAUGUAAACAGCGUUUUCGGGAACCAAAAACGCAGGUUUUCAAAAACGGUCCCAGAGCAGAGAUUUUGAAAACACUGGUUUCUCGUUUACACGUGUGAUGGACGGAAAAGGAGAUUUUCAAAUUCGAUGAUGUCAUACAUCAUAUACUACUUGCAUUACGCAUGCUAUUGUAUUUCCAUCGUUUUAACCAGUUCUCUGUUUUAAAAUAGAUACAUAUACCCUGGGUACCAGAGGUUUUUUCUCGCGUGCGACGGGGAGCUUCGUUUCGUCGGCCGAAGGCCGACGACACGAGCGGCGAAGACUUGACCGAGCCCGGAAACCGCUCAUGAAAAGCCUCUGUCACCCAGGAUAAGCUGAUACAUGUACUCGCACAUGUGAAGAAAGGCACAAAUUCGCGAUCGAGGAGGAGGGUGCCGGUGCUUUACAAGAAAUAGCACAGGUUCUAUAUUAAAAUUCUAACAUGACAUCCCAGGCUUAAGGAACAAAAUUGCAAUUUUUCCAUGACUCCAUUGUCUUGCGCUCCAUUGUCUCACAAUUCCCUGAAGAGACUUGAGCACAAAGAAAACCAGGUCAGCAUCAGAUCCCAUCGGCCUAAACCCCUUGGUCACCUUAUGAAGUUUACACAACGUAGUAUUCUUUAUUACUUCCACACUACACUUUAAUGAUGAAAUUCUGCUCAGCAAAUGUUCAUCAAAGUGUAUGUCUCUUCAAUUUUUAAGGCAAAAAUAAAAAAAUUUCCGGAGUGUGAGUGGGAAUUGAACCCGGAGUGUAGGGCCUGCAGUUCAUCAACUUACCACAAGACCACUGAGGAUUCACGGGCUGUCUAGAGGUGAUUUGACAACUCUAACCGUACCUAGAAGCUUACCGUUUCGAGUCACUGCUUAACCGUAACCACUAUUUUCAGGGCGUAACCCUUAUCACCCUAGUCAGUGCUUAACCCUAAUCAGUAUUGCUUAACCCUUAACACGAAAGUCAGUGCUCGAAACCGAAGCGAUAAGGAAUCCUACGUUGUGUAAACUUCUUGAGGUGUCCGAGGGGGUUUAGGCCGAUGGGAUCUAGUAACCAGAAAACCAAACCAAAUAUUGAAAAAAUAACCAGAAAGACUCGGAAUCAUGUUAGAAUUUUGAUACAUCGAACGUGGGCUAUUUUGAGCUUAGCCAACCGCGACGGCGUCGACAGGGACAAAAACUACACAUUUUGACUCCACUAACCGCAACAGACAAAAUCUAAAGGCAAAUAAGUUUAUUUAUUUAGGGACGGCUCGGCCAGAACCAACUACUGCAAAGUACGUAUGUAAAUACAGCAAUAGGUAAAUUGAACUAAUGUACAACACUUGUAAACUAGCUUUCACAAA